AUGAUAGGAUAUUUGACUUAUAAGGAACCUGAAGAUGAUGUAAAUUGCAAAUUUUAUUGUCAUUUUUUAAGAGAAAACUAAAUGCCAGAAUUAGUCAAUACAAAUAAUGUCUAUAAAGAUUUUAUUUUUGAUUUUUGUUUUUUAAAUUAUCCUUCAUUAAAUGAUUCAACUGAACAUUUUAAAGUUGUUUUAAUGGAAAGAGAUAAAGUUAUGAUGUUUCCUACUAUAGAUGGUCCUUAUCAUUAAAGACUUAUUAUUUCAUCUAUAUGGAAUAAUAAGUAAUAUUUUUUAGUUGGGGAUAUUUAGAAAGGAAUGUAACUUUAUGAAAUGGAUGAAAGAGAAAAUAAAGUUAAGUAAAUAGGAGAAGAAAAUGCUAAUAUAAAUAUUAGAUAAUGCCUUCUUUUUUUUAUUUAAAAUACUAAUACAUUAAGAGCCCUUGUUGCAGAUGAAUAUAAAAAUUUAUAUGCUUAUUCUUUGAUUUAAUAAUAAGAUUUAAAUGAAAAAAAAAAUGUCUAAAUGGAAUUAAUUGCCAAUUUCCAUUUAGGAUCCAAAGUUAAUAAAAUAAUUACUGAUUAAAAAUAAAUUAUAGAAAAGGGAGAUAAUUAAUAAUAAGAAGCAGUAAGUCAUAUUCUUUUACUUUCAUAAGAUGGAAAUAUAUCUGUUUUAAAAUUAAUUUAUGAAUAAGGAGAAAAUACUCUCCUUUUUGAUUUAUAGAAAACUAUUUAUGAGGAACUUCCUUAUAUUGGAAGUUUAGAUUAUAGAGAAUAUAGAGAAUGCAAAACUUUUAAAUAAUCAAUGUUUUUAAGAAAUUCUCAUGAGUUUUUUGAAUUAAAUAUUUUGGAUGUUUAUUUUAAUCUUACUAGACCUUUAUAAGAAAAAAUUGCAUGGAAAUUAAAUAGAUCAAGAGAAGAUUUUAUUAAUGUUAUUAUUGGAACUAUUUUAAUGUGA